GAAGGCCUGUCCUCGGAAGGGAGCCGGAGUGCUGCUUUUCCACACCAAAGCUGAGUUGCUGAGUUGCCGCGGGGCGCCAUGAAGGUCUUCUGCGGGCGAGCCAAUCCCACCACAGGCUCUGUGGAGUGGCUGGAGGAGGACGAGCACUAUGACUACCACCAGGAGAUUGCCAGGUCAUCCUAUGCUGAUAUGCUUCAUGACAAAGACAGAAAUAUCAAGUAUUACCAGGGCAUCCGGGCUGCGGUGCGCAGGGUGAAGGACAGAGGACAGAAGGCCUUGGUUCUCGACAUCGGCACAGGCACGGGACUCCUGUCCAUGAUGGCAGUCACUGCCGGCGCCGACUUCUGCUACGCUAUUGAGGUUUUCAAGCCGAUGGCUGAUGCUGCUGUAAAGAUUGUAGAGAAAAAUGGCUUCAGUGAUAAGAUUAAGAUUAUCAACAAGCAUUCCACUGAGGUGACCGUAGGCCCAGGUGGUGACCUGCCCUGCCGCGCCAACAUCCUGGUCACAGAGCUCUUCGACACAGAGCUGAUUGGGGAGGGCGCACUGCCCUCCUAUGAGCACGCACACAGGCACCUCGUGCAGGACCCUUGUGAGGCAGUGCCACACAGGGCCACUGUCUACGCACAGCUGGUGGAGUCCAGAAAGAUGUGGUCAUGGAACAAGCUGUUUCCAGUUCAUGUGGAGACCAGCGUCGGGAAGCAGGUCAUCAUCCCCCCCUUGGAACUUGAGCGGUGCCCGGGUGCCCCGUCUGUCUAUGAUAUUCAGCUGAACCAGGUGUCCCCUGCUGACUUCACGGUCCUCAGCGAUGUGCUGCCCAUGUUCAGUGUGGACUUCAGCAAGCAAGUCAGUAGCGCCGCAGCCUGCCACAGCAGGCAGUUCCAGGUGCUGGCAUCCGGCCGUGCUCAGGUGGUCCUCUCCUGGUGGGACAUCGAAAUGGACCCCGAAGGGAAGAUCAAGUGCACCAUGGCCCCCUUCUGGGCGCACUCAGACCCAGAGGAGCUCCAGUGGCGGGACCACUGGAUGCAGUGUGUGUACUUCCUGCCGCAAGAGGAGCCCGUCGUUCGGGGCUCGGCCCUCUGUCUGGUAGCCCACCAUGAUGACUACUGUGUCUGGUACAGCCUUCAGAGGACCAGCCCUGCAAAGAACGGGAAAGCCCUGCCAGUGCGCCCCGUGUGUGACUGCCAGGCUCACCUCCUCUGGAACCGGCCUCGCUUUGGAGAGAUCAACGAUCAGGACAGGACGGACCAGUACGCCCAGGCCCUGAGGACUGUGUUGAAGCCCGGCGGGGCCUGUCUGUGUGUCAGCGACGGCAGUCUGCUCCCCAUGCUGGCCCAUCACCUGGGCGCCCAGCAGGUGUUUACAAUCGAGAGCUCAGCUGCCUCACACAGACUGAUGAAAAAAAUCUUCAAGGCGAACCACUUGGAAGAUAAAAUUAAUAUCAUAGAAAAACGGCCCGAGUUACUAACGUCUGAAGACUUGGAAGGCAAAAAGGUCUCUGUCCUGCUGGGCGAGCCUUUCUUCACCACCAGCCUGCUGCCGUGGCACAACCUCUACUUCUGGUACGUGCGGACAGCUGUGGCCCAGCUCCUGGAGCCUGGGGCCGCCGUGAUGCCCCAGGCAGCCUCGUUGCACGUGGUGGUCGUGGAGUUCAGGGACCUGUGGCGGAUCCGGAGCCCCUGCGGCAGCUGCGAAGGCUUUGAUGUCCACAUCAUGGAUGAUAUGAUCAAGCAGGCCCUGGACUUUCGGGAGAGUAAGGAGGCGGAGCCGCACCCCCUGUGGGAGUACCCCUGCCGCAGCCUCUCCGACCCCCGCCAGCUCCUCACCUUUGACUUCCGGCAGCCAGUGCCCCUGCAGCCCAUCCGGGCCCAGGGCUCCAUGGAGCUGAGGAGGCCCGGGAGGUGCCACGGAGCCGUCCUGUGGAUGGAGUACCGCCUGACGCCCGACAGCUCGGUCAGCACCGGCCUCCUGAAACCCGCGGAGGAGCAGGGGGCCUGUCGCUGGAACCCCCACUGCAAGCAGGCCGUGUACUUCUUCAGCCCCACACUGGACCCCACCGUGCUGCCAGGCGGCCCCCGGACAGUAGGCUACUCCGUGGAGUUUCACCCCGACACGGGCGACGUCACCAUGGAUUUCUCACUCUCAGACACUCCGGACUCGGGCACUGACUCUUGCUUGUGAGGAAUAAAGUGCCCGAGGGCUCUGGGUGAGAA